GUCUCCGUAUGAGUGACUCAUUGAGUCAUUUCAUGAGUGCUUACUAUUGAGCCAUACGUCGAAACAAACACUCAUUUUGAGCCAACAGUUGCUGAAAGGUUUGACUUUUGUUUCGUUGGAUUCACUGAUACGGCGACCAAACCACUCAUCCAUCGACCCAUCCAUUGGACAAUCAGUUGACAAUCCAUUUGAAAGAUAUCUUGAGCGCUGAGCCACACGUACGCCGAUCGCCAUGUCUUCAAACGCGGGACAACAGCAGCAACAGAACCCGUCGUCCAAACGCCUCCAACAAACACAGGCACAGGUGGACGAAGUGGUGGGCAUUAUGCGGACGAAUGUGGAGAAAGUGCUGGAAAGGGAUAACAAGUUGUCUGAGUUGGACGACAGGGCCGAUGCCCUACAACACGGCGCCUCACAGUUUGAACAACAGGCCGGCAAACUUAAGCGCAAGUUCUGGUGGAAAAAUCUGAAGGUAUGU